UAACUUCUAAAUAUAAAGAAGAUAGACCUAUAAGAUCUUCUGACGGUAGCAAUCUUGGGAUGCAUCUCCUAAACUCUGAGGGACCCCAGGAGGCUUACAGCCAGAGCAACAAUGUUACAGAUCUACAGGAAUCUCCAAAACAAGCACUGAGCAAAACAAAAUCAAAGACAGAGUCUCGAUGCAUGAAAUUGGUGCAAUGGGUCCGGCUCCCGCCGCUGUGGAGGCUGCCUCGGCCCCCGCCCGCCACAACAGCAGCCUCUGCCUCGGCCACAGCCCCCACGGCUUCAUCCGGAAGGUCAUCUGGAAUGCAUGAGCUCUCUGAAGAAGACUCUUUAUGCAGAAAUGGAUUCACUCAUUUGUGUUGUAUAUUUUACUACAAAUCUCGCAUUAUUGAUUCAUGCCCUACAUCAGACCAUAAAGACUUGAAGGUUGAAGAAAAAAAGGAGCAGAAAGGCAGUAAAAAGGAAACAUCCAGAAACAUGUAUGAUGGUGCUGGUGAUAGUGACAAUGGUGGAUUGAGUCAGCAGAGCAACAGUGAACAAACUGAUAAGCAGCAGGUUUCUAUUAUGGAGGAUAAAGAUUCUGACAGAUCUACCAUAAGAGAAGAAAAAGGGAGGAGGCGAGAAGCUGAUCUGUUAUGUGAAAAAAAUAGGGUGCAGUCAAGAAAGGAAGAGCACUCUAUUAAAGAAGUUGAAAUGAACCCACAACUUGAAACCACUAUUAAAACACAAAACAUCACACUGGAGAUUAUAACAGAGAAUGAGGUUUCUGAGAAUUCUAACAAAGAAGAAAGUCUAUUGCAUGAAAAUUGCAUGUUGCGGGAUGAAAAUGCCAAGCUAAGACUAGAAAUAGACACAGCAGGAAAUCAGGUCCAGGAAAUGGGAAAAAAAUGUUUUGAGGAAAUUUCAAUUGUCAAAGUAAAGAAUGACCGUCUUAAAAAGACAUUAAGAAAAACAGUAUUUCAACACAAUAAGCAGCUUGAAGUUCUGAGAGCUGAGAAUACUGUGCUAAACAGUAAACUGGAGGAUGAACAACAAAAGAGAGGAAGACUGGAAGCAGAAGUUGAAUCAUACCGGUCUAGACUGGCUACCACUGAACAGGAUCAUGAGCGUUGUCAGACAUCAAAAGAAGACCUACAACUUACUUUCCAGAGAGCAAGAGAUGAAUGGUUUUGUACGGGAAGGUCAUUCUACAUACCAGUUGAACACAAAAAAGAAGAGUUAAAGAAAUAUAUUGACUUAAACAUAUUUCUGCAACAGAGGUUGCAGCAAGAAGAAAAUGAAAUUGGUGAUUUAGAAAAAGAGAUUACCGGAAUUAAGGAACACUUAAAAGUUAUAAAAAAGAAAUUAAAUGAAUGUGAUCAUGAAGACCUUAGUUUCCCUGGAGAUUCAAAACCAAGUCCAGCUGACAUGGAAAUUCAGUCUGAAAAGCCAAAACAGAAGAAUGAUGAGCUUAUAGCAAAACUGCAACCGUCAUCUUCAAAAUGCAUAUGUCUUGAUGAGGAAAAGACACCUCAACAGGAGUUAUCAAUGGAAGCACUUCUAAAGAGACGUGAAGAACUGAAGGAUAGAGUAAAGAAGGCGAAACAAGAAAGAGUAAACCUCAGAAAUAUAGAAACGAAUAUGGUAGAAAUCUGUGAAUUAGAAGACUAUAAAAAGAAGCUUGAAGAAAGAGCAAGGCGGGAUGUAGAAAACAAAGCAGAAAAAGUCAAUUCACUUUUACAGAGACAAAGAGCAUCUCAAGAAAUGUCAGAGCAGAUGACAAAUGAUCAGGCUUCAACAAGUCACUUGGAACUCAGAAAUAAAGAACUGGAAUCAGAAAUCUCUAAAGUACAAACUUCUCAAGAUGAUAUCGAAAGAGAAUUGGAGAAAUAUGUGCGACUCUGCCAAGAAGAAUUGGAAGGCAGAAAGUUACUGGAAAAUCAGCUAACUGACUAA